GCCACCUGUUGCGGAGCGCACGAACAAUAGCGUUUAUUUGCUCUAAUGACUAGAUGAUGCCAGAACUCGAUGACGCGACAACGUUGGAAAAUUUUUAAGGUUUGCAUAUUAGGUUAUGAAUAAAGGCGCGUUAGCAUUAUUGAACGUUUACGGGGGCGAUUCGUCGGACGAGGAAGUGCCGGGCCCCCGGGUCUCCACGAAAAGGGAAUUCCGCCACGAUUCGGACGAUGCGUCGAAGCCGUCGAAGUUGCCGGUACCCAGGGAAUUCAUGGACACGUCCGUCGACGCCGAGAAUAUCGACAACCCGGCUCUCCAUGGGGGUCGCGUACGCAGUUUUCGUCACGUGAGAGGUAACUGGGCCACUUUCGUCUACGUCCCGGUGGAGGCUCGGGCCGGAAUCGACGAACUCGUGAGUUACGCAGAGAGCAUAACGCCGCCGGAUUUCGGCGUCCAAAGAGCCUAUGAUUACCACAUAAGUCUCACAAAAACCGUGAUAUUAAAGCACCAUUGGAUAAAACCUUUCGUGGACGCGAUCAAGACCACGUUCGUGGGGUUCAAUAAGUUUGUAGUGUUUUUCGAUGAGGUGCGGGUCUACAGCAACGAGGAAAAGACCAGGACGUUUUUGGGUUUGCAAACCAACAGCGGACACGAUAGCUUGGUGUCUAUAGUCCACGUUUUGGACCGCUGCCUAGCGGAAUUCAACCUUCCCCCCUUCUACGAGGACCCCUCGUUUCACCUGAGCGUGGCGUGGUGCGUCGGCGAUCGCGAACGCGAUUUCGCACAUUAUCUGCCACGAAUCAACGCCCACUUGGCAGAAUUGAAAACCGCUCGGUCUCAGGACAACUGGUACAUUCUUGUCGAUCGUCUCGUGUGUAAAAUCGGCAAUAAAAUGUUUGAAUUUCACGUAAAAUAAACGCCAUUUCCAAAACGUCCAAAAA